AUGGCAAGCUGCACAGACCAAAGACGCUACAACAAAAAACCGCCAGCGCGACACAAGAACCAUCCCUCCACAGUGACAUGCAACACAGAUGCAGCCUGGAACAAAGACAGGAAGACGGCGGGAUUUGGCUGGGUCUUCAGCAGCAGGGGAGGAGAGCGAAGGAACCACGGAUCCACCGCGGAAACCACCAUCAGAUCGGCACAAAUGGCGGAAGCAAUCGCAGUCCACAAAGCUUUACAACAAGCCCAACAACCUUGUUUCACACACAUCUCAGUUGCUUCAAAGCACUCAAGGGAGGAUUUCCGCAUAAGGAACUCCAUGGGAUUCUUCACGAUAUCCUAG